CGCUAUUUAUAGUUGGAAGUUUUCUGAGAUUUUGGUUUAAACCAUUUGCGGCGUAGAAAAUUUUUAUAGACAUCGCUGCAUUCAAUAAGCUGACAUCCAAGAACAGGUAAAAUGGGGAAAUAUACAGACAGACUCAACAUUAUAAGCAUGAAACUGUUUGGUAGAAAUGGAGAGCAGUGUCAAUCUGAACAAAAAUCUUAUUUGAAUGAUGUAAUCUGGCAGAAUGAACCCGAUAUGGUGUUUCUACCAGGUAACAAUCCAGAUAUGACUUCAUUCGCACUCAACGAUUACCGCCCAGUAAAUUUGGCUUUCAGUUCGGAGACUGUCCUUCUGUACGACUCCAAACGAUUAGAGCCAGAAAUGCAAAAUUGGUUUGAUUUAAUACCAACAUUGAAGGUACCUGGUGUACAAUUAGGCCAAAUGAUUUUCCCAUUAAUGAACAUAUUAUCACCUCAACCAACUCAGCAUGUCGUCAAGCAGUUCCACUGCAUCAGCUGGCAUCACAGCCUCACAAAAGCAGAAUCCGAGGAACUAGAACAACAAGCUACAAGUUAUUUAUGGUUGGCGCAAUACCUGGCAUGGACACAUGGUGUAGAAGUUCUGAUUGGAGGAGAUUUCAAUUUGCCACUCCAAAAAUUAAAGGACCUCUUGGUAACACAUAACAAACUCGUCCAGGGAGCAAUUGAAAAUGUCAAGCCAAUGUUCAGAUUAAUGGGGUAUGAUGAUAGUAUGACGGAUAAUACUCAUAGACCAGAACGUCGCCUCCGUCAGCUUAAAUUACACCCGUGCAUCUCUACAGAUGGUAGCAACCAAACUGAGUAUUUCGUUGCAUCAAAAGAAAUGCAACUUGGUAAUACUGAUAUAAUUGCAGAAUCAAAAGUUCCAGUGAGAUGCGCUCAAUCGGCGGUGAUGAAACCCAAAAUUGAACACGAGCGUCCUCCAACAAUGAAGACAGAAAUGCAUAUUCCAGCAAGGCCACCAAGACAUAAUGGAGGCUAAAAUGUUAUAUUCAAAAAAAUGUCUCAAAAAUAAAUUUAGCAAAUUCAAUCCGAUUCCACAUAUACAUGUAUAUAAUACAUAAAUAAUAAAUGUAUUUAAAAUAUGUUAUUAAAAUAAAAAAAAAAAGCGUUUAAAAAAGGGAAAAAAGGACAAACUCCUAUUAGGCUAUAGCUUACUACAGUAAUUACUUCAUUCCCUUGCAAUAUGAUAUUUUAAAUAAACACAAAACUGUAAAUAGCUUAAAAAGUAAUAGAAAUGCCUGUUACGAAUAACUUAAAACUGUUAUGCGCUUAUACAUCCUAUAUGUCAAGUUUCGAAGAAAUCAUUAUACAUCAUCAAUACAGUAAUUAAUUUUUUAAUUUGUUUUGGUGAGAUUAGUACAAAUGUGAUCAUGAGAUAAUGUUCAUGUGAAAAUUUUAACAUAUAGCAAUACUCUUAUUGUGUACAUUUUGUAUUGCACCAUCAAUUGAAAUUUUGUAUAGUUCUGUAUAUAUCAGAUGUAUACAAUUUAUAAACAAUAUACAACUAUAUU